GAAAGAACAACAAAAAUAUACAAAUCUACUAUUAAAUGGUUACGUUUUGUGGCUAUAUUACUUGUCACAUAAUCUCAUAAUUGUUUACAUAUGAUGUCACAUAUGCCGUGUUUGAUGAAAUACAAACAUUAAUAGAUUUCAACGUUUCGACCAUACGGGUUGUGGUCCUUUUCAAGGAAUUAGAUGUUCUACAAGUUAACAGGACAUUGCAAUUUGGAAAUUGUAUCGAUCACAUCAUGAAUUCAGUCCGAUUGUAUCUACUUACAAAUAAUAAAUCAUCAAGGGUACAUCAAAAGAAACGGUCUAACAUUCAUCUUUGGGUGUCAUUCAGGGAACGGUGUUUGAAGGCACGUCUAUCCGACGUUACGACCAAAAUAUGUCUGAGCAUGUGGAAUUACAACAUUUGGUUGAUGCCGAUGUGGAGAAUAAUACAAGUCAUAAAAAAAAGUUUUCUAGUCUAUCAUGCAAAUCAUGUCCUUACAUGGGUCUAGUAUUAGCGACACUUUCGUCUUUGUUCUUCUCAUUAUGUAGUGUCAUCGUUAAGAGUUUGAUAGAGGUAAAUCCAACAGAAAUGGCAAUCUUCAGAUUUUUGGGAGUAUUGUUACCAGCUAUACCAAUUGUGAUUUAUAAAGGUGAACAUCCUUUUCCAAAGGGACGUAGACUAAUACUUAUUCUGAGAAGUUUUAUUGGUACAACAGGACUUAUGUUAAGUUUCUAUGCAUUUAGACAUAUGCCGUUGGCUGACGCCUCAGUUAUUGUAUUUUCUGUUCCUGUGUUUGUAGCAAUAUUUGCACGAAUAUUUUUAAAGGAACCCUGUGGGCUCUUCAACGUUGUUACUGUAUGUUUAACAUUGAUUGGUGUAAUAUUAAUAACACGUCCGCCGUUAAUUUUUGGUAACACAAUAGAAUCUCUCUCGGAUGGUCGUAUUAAGCCAGAGCAUGCAGAUUUAUGGAGUGCUAUGGCUGCUUUUUCAGCUACUUUAUUUGGUGCAAAUGCAUAUGUUUUAUUACGUGCAUUAAAAGGUCUUCACUUUUCUGUUAUAAUGACAAACUUUGGUUCAUUUGCCCUGAUACAAACUACACUUAUAUCAUGGGCAGUUGGUGCAUUAUGUAUGCCACAUUGUGGUACAGAUAGACUUUUGGUUGUUGCACUGGCACUGUUUAGUUUUGCAGGUCAGAUUUUGUUAACCUUAGCUCUUCAAAUCGAACAAGCUGGUCCAGUGGCCAUAGCAAGAUCCACAGAUAUUGUCUUUGCAUUUUUUUGGCAGGUAUUAUUUUUUAAUGAAAUACCAAAUCGAUAUUCUGUAGGUGGAGCGAUAUUAGUCACUAGCUCAGUUUUGUUAACAGGUCUAAGAAAAUGGGCUCUCUCAUUACCAGAGACAUCAAAUAUUAAAAAGUCUCUUGGAAUCAUAGUCAUAUAAAUAAUUUUUUCCAUUUAGAGAUGAAAAGGUAAAUUGCAAAAAAAUCAAUGUCCAAAAAAUGGUCAUAUAUGUGAGAAAUAUUAUAAAUAAUAGCAAUUUAAAUGCUUCUUUCAAAAUUGUGAAUUUAUAUAUACAAGGUAUUUUAGAUCUAUUAGCUCACAUGCUAAUAGCUGAUUUCGAUAGUUAUUUAAUGAUAAUACAAAAAUGUCAUAAUUUUAAAUAGAAAGCGUUUAAAAUUUAAAAACUCGUGAGAAGUAUUUGAAUUUAGCUAGUCAAAUUGACAAGAUCUCAUGCAUACAAAUAUUACAGUAGUGAAUGUGUUCUAAGAUAUUAUGUUUUAAAAUAUUAAUGUAUUUUUACAUACAUAUAAUACAUAUAAUAAUACAUUUUUGAAAAUAUCUUUAAAUAUUAUCUCAAGGUUGUUUAUUUAUGUGAUUAUUCUAUUGUCCCUGCUAAUAAUAUUAUGGAAGCGAAUGCACUUGAAAAUGAUCAAAAAGUUUUUUUUAAUUGAUUGUUUCUUGUAUAUUUUCAAUUAUAUACCUACACUAGUUUUUGAAUAUGAUUAAACAUUCUAAGAAAGAAAUUGGACAUACAGUGUGGGAAAAAAUUUUUUAUACAUAAUUAUACAUAAAGUAUGUAUAAUACCAGGGUUGGGGAGGUAACUCGUUACUUGUAACAAAGUUACAGUUACAGUUACUUGUUUUGGUAACUCUAACUUAUAA